GUACAUUAAAGCACCAAUACUAUAUAGCAUAGUAGAAGUGCUCUUAAAAUUUAUGUAUACUUUUUGUGUCAUGAACGACCCAAUUAUGUGUUUUUUUUAUUAAAUUUGAUAUUCUUUUGAACUUUAAUUUUUUUUAUUAGAUAAAAGUUCGUUCUAUAUCUUAAAUCACUGAUCAAUUUUUCCCCAUAGAGUAAUGGUUGACACUUAAUAAUCCCUGAUUCAUUGAUAUAUUCUAUGCAAGAAAGAAUUUCACUAAAACUUCUUCCUCUUUAAGAAAAAUUCCAUUUUCCACAACUAAUUUUCCCUUUUGGAUCGCUCCUAAAAAGAUAGAAAAAAUUUCAGCGUAAACCCAUUUUUUUGGGCUUCCUAAACCAAAGGGGUGGAACGAGAACAAAAAAAGAAAGAAAAAAGGGCUUCCUUUCCAAACCCUUGCUGGGUUCGUCUGCUUUCCCGUAAGCAAGAUCUAGCAGCAACAAGGUAUACACUCACUCACUCUGGACCCAUGAAUCUACCCUUCCUCGACGGUGUUGUAAAGCAGUGUUCUUGAUUCUUUUCCUCCACUAUCUUGGUCAGUGUUGAUCUCUCAAGUACAUUAUUUAGCUUCUGCUGUUUAGGGUUUUAUCAGUGGAUUUUUCUUUUCGUCCCGCUUCUUAUUGCUUCCAUAAUGAAAGUUUUUUCCUCUAUAGGCUUUGGAAAUCGACCCAGUUUCCAUGGAUGGGGCUGAGGAUAAGGAUGUUUCCUCGAGGAAUAAUUUGGGUCCUCCAUCUAGAGUCACAGUUACUGAGCCUGUUGCUAGUGGAAGUGAGAAAGCCCCGGCUGCCGAGCCUUGUGCUGGGGAAGUUGAGGGAAACAGAGAGGAAGAGAGUCAGAGCGUGAAGACUUCCUCUGAGAAGGUUGUUGUGGGGGUAAGUGGUGGUUCUUGUAACGGAGUAGAUAAAGAAGUUGGGGUUUCAGGGUCUGGUGUACGUCAUUCUGAUGAUGGGGAGACUUUACAGAAGAAAGUGGUGCUUGUGUUUGAUGGGCGUGAAGUAGAUUUAGAGAGAGCUGCGGAAGAUUCAGUUGAUGAUAUUCCAGUGGCAGGAAAUCAGGACCCAACUGUUCAGCCCUCGGGUGUUGCCGAGGUCUCUUCCAAUAGAGUACAAAGAGAGGAGUGUGGAGGUAAGGAUGGAGUUGUGAGUUGCAGUGAUGGCAAAGGUGAGGAUGGCAAGGCUUCACCUGAUGGUGGAGCUGACAAUAACCGUAAUACUGGGAUCGGGAUUAGUGGUGGAACCUUUUCUUCUGUAGAUAAGAGGCCCAUGGAUGGAAAUGUGGCUCAAGAAGGUCAAACCCAAGUUACUGAUGGUUCCAAUGAUGGUGAAACGUGUGUACAGGAUUCAGCAGAUGCUUCCAAUGACGGUGAAACUUGUGUACAGGGUUCAGUGGAUGGGGAUACCCAACUCAUGGAUGAUUCUGUGGAUGAGGAUGCUCAAGUAAAUCAUCCAUCCAGUUAUGGUGAAACUCAGGUUAUACAAGAUUCACUGAACCAGGAUUUCCAUGUCAUAGAGGCCAGGUAUCGGGAAACUCAAGUUCCUGAUGGCACCAAGGUCAGGGAAACUCGGGUUGCACACGUUUCAGUCAAUGGCGAUAACCAACUUGUGGGAGUUUCGAGGGAGGGGGAUUCCCAAUUGAAUAAUUUUUCUGAGGAUGCGGGAACUCAGGCUAUACAAAGUUCAGCGGAUGAAGUUAUGCAAGUCGUAGAGGAUCCCAGUAACAAAGACAUGGAUGGUUCCAGAGAUGUGGAUGUCCAAGUCAACAGUGGCGGAGAAACUCAGGCAAUACAUGGUUCACUGAUUGUGGAUACCCAAAUUGUAGAGGAUACUUGUACCCAAGACAUGGAUGGUUCCAGGGAUGGGGAAUCUAGGGUUAUACAAGGUUCUGUGGAUGAGAAUACCCAGUUCAUAGAGGAUCCUGAUGCCCAAGGGAUGGAUGUUUAUGGGGAUGUGGAAACCGAGGUUCCUAAUGAUUCCGGUGGUGGGGAAACUCAGGUUGUGCCUGGUUCAGUGGAUGAGGAUACCCAAGUUUUAGAUGGGGAAACCCAGGUUGCAGAUGUUUCCCUGGAUGGAAAAACUCAGGUUCUCAAGGGUUCAGUGGAAGGAGAAGAACAUGUCAAAGUUGUUGAUAUGACUGAUUUUUCAAAGGACGAGGACAUGGAUGGGGGUUUAACCAAGCAAAACACAGCAGUGCCCAUCGAGGAUUUGAAUUCUCAGGAACCCGGACCAUCAGAGAAUGAUAUAAAAGAUCUAGAUAUGAGAAGUGGCUUGGGUGACACUUCCGGUGAUGAGAAUAGAACUUUUGCUGUUACUGAGAAAGCCGAAUUGGCUGAAGAGUCUGAGGGGCAGCCUAUGCGAAUUGUUGAAACUGAGGAAGUUCCUGCUCAAGAUUCAGAGACACUUGGAAGUGCUCUUGUGCUAGAUGAAGUAUUUGAUACUGGAAAUGAAGCUCCUAUUGGACUGGAAUCUACUGUCUUGGAAGAUUUAGGGCAGAAGAUUGAGGUUCUGGACGAGGCACUUGUAUUUAAUGUCAGCGCGGGAGGUUUAACUUCCCCAUUAGAAGCAUCAGGUAGUGAUCCUAUUGAAAAAUCCUCUACAAGUGAUGCUUUGGAGGGGAUGCCAUCCAGUUCUGCCAAUGAUACGGUUCAAAUGGUGAAAAAUGAGAUUGGGAAUGUUACCUCUGAAACUCUGGAUGAAGCGGGACAAUAUCCCGUUGAAGGGAAAAUGGCAUCAGUUGACGAUGAAGAAACUACGUGUCCUAUUGUUGAGAAUGUUACCUCUGAGACUCUGGAUGAAGGGGGACAAGAUCCCGUUGAAGGGAAAAUGGCAUCAGUUGACGACGAAGAAAUUACCUGUUCUAAUAUUGAAGAUCCACCAUUUUUCUCCCAGCCAACUGAUGUAUAUAUUGGAGGUGAAGCUACAAAUCCUUUGGAGAACAAGAAACAGCAGGGAAUAACCUUGGCAGACCAGCUAGUAUUCAAGGCUGAAACAGGUAAUGAUAGUGUGGCAAAUGGCAGCAGUCAUCAGUCUCCUGAUUCAGCAUCUUCUUUCCGGUCCACUGAGGCAGUUGCUGGAGAUGAUGUUGCUCAAAUGGAUCCCUUUGUCAAUUUAGAUGCAACCCUAUAUCCCGCUGGAGACAAUCAGAAUCUAAAUACUGAGGCAGCAGGAGUGGGGCUGGAAAGAUAUAAUGAAGCAGCUUCCAUCCAAUGUGAUGUGUUGCCCUCUAACGUUGGUCUUUCAGAAGCCUCUGAAAAUCUAGCAUUAACAGUUGAAGAAACAAUGAUGGAAGUUCAUGAACAGGAUUCACAUGAGGAACAGACUGAGGGGGUUGCAAAAGCCGGUGGAGAGGAAGUUUCGACUUCAAACAGAAGAAAUACUUUGAGUUCCAACGCUGAGGAAUUCGAAGAAAGCGAGGUCGAUAUUACCGAUGAGAAAUCAUCGGAGUGGGCUAGUCUGCACAAUGGAAGCUUGGGAAGUGCACACCAAGCUUGUUAUCAGCUGCCGUUCGACAAUGAAGGUGAAUUCCAUGUAUCUGAUUUGGUUUGGGGAAAAGUUAAAAGCCAUCCUUGGUGGCCUGGGCAGAUAUUUGACCCCUCAGAUGCCUCUGAUCAAGCAUUGAAGUAUCAGAAGAAGGAUAGCUUUUUGGUAGCAUAUUUUGGGGACCGUACAUUUGCAUGGAAUGAAGCACCUCUUUUGAAGCAUUUCAGAUCACAUUUCAGUCAGGGAGAGAAGCAGAGCAAUUCAGAAUCAUUCCAAAAUGCUGUUGGUUGCGCAUUAGAAGAAUUCUCAAGGCGAGUCGAACUGGGCUUGGCUUGCUCCUGUGUGCCAGAAGAAGAUGCAGACAGAAUCAGGUUUCAGCUCUUUGAUAAUUCUGGCAUCCAGCGAGAAGCCUGCAGAAGAGGUGACUUUUUGGGCAAAUCUGGAAGUGCAGAUUUGUUCGAACCUGUCAAGUUAGUUAGUUACGUUAAAUCUCUUGCACAAUGUCCAGCUGGUGGGGCUAAUCAAUUGGAUCUCGUGAUUUUGAAGUCUCAGUUGCUCUCCUUCUAUCGAUUGAAAGGGUAUUCCCCGCUGCCUGAAUUUCAGUUUUGCGGAGACUUGUUGGAGGAUGCAGACUCUUCUGUCCACUUCAGUGGUGAGGGAUAUGAUGAUCAUGCAGGCUCUGUUAGUAAAGAUGACUCGCAAACUUUGGAGAUAUCACAGGCCCCAAGGCCAUAUUAUUACAAACGAAAACAUAACUUGAAGGAUGGUAUGUGUUCUGGCAAAAAGGAAAAAUGGGAUUCUAUAGAGGAAGAAGUAGGAGCUACUGAUGGGAAAAUGGUUUCACCAUCUUCUGCAAAGAGACGAAAGGGCCCUAAUCAUUUUAAAGAUGAAUCAGCUCCAUCGGAAGGGGUAAAAACUAUAUCUCUUGCAAAAAUCUCAAAUACUACACCAAAUUCUGUUUCUAAGCCUUCAUUUAAGAUUGGUGAAUGCAUCCGUCGAGCUGCUAGUCAAAUGACUGGAUCUCCCUCUAUGCUGAAGUCAAACAGCCAGAAGUUUGAUGGAAGCAGUGAUGUAUAUGACAGCCCCCUGCUGCAGCAGUCUGAUGAUACUGAAAACUACAGAAUGGCGUCUCCAAUGGACACUCACUCAACUCUAGACGAGUUGCUAUUACAACUUCAAUCAGCAGCACGAGAUCCCCUGCAAAGGCUUGGUUGCUUGGAUGUCUUUGUUGGCUUCUUCUCUGAUUUCAGGAAAUCUGUGGUUGUUAUUGAUCAGCAUGAUCAACCUGGUAAGCGGAGGAAGGUGUUACAUUCUGUGGGUGAUACCGAAGCAUUUGAAUUCGUGGACAUGAAUGACACUUAUUGGACCGACAGGGUUAUUCAAAAUGGGUCGGAAGAGCAGCCACCGCCUACUACUCGAAAGAGCAGGAAAAGAGAGAAUCUUUUUGUACCAGUCAGUCUCGAUAAUAAGCCAACUCAGAGAUCAAAUGUCAGGAACAAACGAUAUAUCUCUGAUGGUAAUGAUCACAACAACGUGCCCCCAGAUAAAAACCCAAUCGGUUAUGUGGAUGAAAAGGCACCGGCAGAGCUUGUGAUGCAUUUCCCGGUUGUAGAUUCUGUACCUUCUGAGAUGAAACUGAACAAGAUGUUCAAGUCUUUUGGACCUCUCAAAGAAUCGGAGACGGAAGUUGAUAGACACACUAACCGUGCCAGGGUGGUUUUCAAACACUGUUCUGAUGCACAGACUGCCUAUGGCAGUGCUUCAAAGUUCAACAUUUUUGGGUCGUUGCUUGUUAAUUACCAGCUCAACUAUACCAUAUCCGUGCCAUUCAAAUCCGAGCCACUUUCUAUAACACUUGGCGAGGAAGAUGCAACUGUUUUCUUCCAGUUUUGAAGAGGCUGGACAAGGCAACAAACAUCCAGGUAAAAUUAUGAAUGGAAUCUUCUUUUAGUACGUGCGACAUAGAGCUGCUACGCCCCGCGUACUAGUUGGAAUCUUCUUUAGUACGUGCUACAUAUUACAGCUGGUAGUUCGUUCAUGAGUGAUGUCUCAAAGUUGCGGGAGUAUAGUUAAAUGCGAUAGUGACAUAUUAUUUCACCUUGCAUGGUCUCUUGCUUGAGGUUUUCAAUUGACAUGUUGAUUUGUGUUGCAGAUGCUAUUGGCACACACGAGUUGGCACAUGCACUUGCAACCAAUUAGAGAGGGAGAUGGAGAGAGCUGUUGAGAAGCUGGCUGGCAAGCCAAUGUUAAUGGCUUGACGAAUGACCUCGCGUUGUGCAGAAAUUUCACUGGCAUCUGUUUAAAAUGCUUGCCAUAGUUGUAGAUUCUGUGUAGCAUCAUCUUUUCUCUCUGUAGUGUUGAUAUGGAUAUGGAUGGUGAGCCAAAGAAGGUAGAGCGUGGAGUAAAAUGAAGAUAUCUUUGCCUCAAUCUAUCGUAUAAAUAUACGGGAUCACAUUGAUAUCAUGCCUCUCUUGAGGUGUCAAAAUGAUGUUGUUCUGAACUAGCAGUGUCCAUGGUCAUCUUGUGGUUGAGAAUUGAGAUUGGAUCUUAGAAUACCAUGAUCUUCUGAUCUAGUGAAACAUGGCGGGUCUUGCUUCAGCCUACCUCGAUGGUUGGCACUGGGCAUGUCUACUGGUCUGCACUCCGCUUGUAUCUCGUUGUAUGUUAGAGGAGUGGAAUCGAGGAGUUUUUCCGUAGCGAAGAGGUGUCUCGGCGUUGUUGUAGCUUGCAGGGUCGGCUGAUGUUCGCUUUCGAUCUUUCGGAGCAAAGCAUGUUUUCAGGGGAUUCGAAACUUGUAUCGUUUACUUGACGCAUGAAAGUAGUUUAAUUUCUCUCGACCGUUGCAAGUAAUCUAACAAUGAAACAUAAAUGCACAAAAAGGAAUUCAUGAUUCUUCAUGAAGAGCAAGUUAGCAUGCGAGAACUAGAAGAGCAAAAAAUUCAAACAGCCCAAAACGGCAGCGAGAGAGGCGCGUGGAUAUUUGGGGAUUGGGAAUGGCGGGAGGGAUUAGGAUUAGCAGUUACGAAUCGCUUUUAAAAAAAUUCUCCCCGAAAAGUUAGAGAGAGAGAGAGAUGAUGGGCGGCCGCUCCUCCGCCUCCGCCCCGCUCCGACGAGGAUGGAAUCGGAAUUAAUUUUUCAAUUAUAG